UCAAGGUUUGAAUAUCUAGUAUCGAGGUUUGAAAAUCUCUCACUUUUAGGGUGAGCUUUUUCUCUCCAUACGGGAGAGUUUCUCCGCCAUCAUUUGGAUGGUUCUUUCCUUGGUUGCGGCUAGGAUUUGGUAAUAGCGGCAAAUGUUUUUAGUGGGUCGUCUCUUCAAUUAUUGCUGAGCAAGAGCAGAUGGAUUUUUAAUGAAGGAAAAACAGGGGAUUGUUGCUGGUUCUAGCCAAAAGACCUAAACGUUAUAGCAAUGGUGAAGAAAGGGGCUAGGAAGUGGGAUCAUAUUCUGUCGAUCAUGGAUAUUGAGGGAAGGCUUCCACAGAGAGUAGAGAUAGGUAAGGGGAAGUGAACAUUAUGGAUGAUGUGAAUCUACGGCAAGAAGGUUUGACGACAGUGUUUUUUGUGAAGGUUGAUGGCUGUCUUGCAGCCCCCAAAGGUCAUGAGGUCUUUGUCUUGCUACGGCCAGGCGCGAUAAGGCUCUCUGGUUGAGCUUUUCUUCUGUUAGUUGCCCCCUUUUGCUUUAUUUAGGAUUUUGUUGUUUGUUUUAUUUCUGUAUUAUGCUCUUUGUGUGUCUUUCUGUCUCUAUUUCUACCUAUACUUGUGGAUCAUUUUUGUCUAUGGCUUGAACUGGCUUAACUCUACUGUGAUCAUCUUGUUUUGGAAGUUAUUUUUAACUUUUAGGUCUCCCUUUCCUCUAUUUUUAGAGGGAUUCUUUGAGCUGCAAUUUGUUGUGCAGCAUCUGUGUCAAAUAAGUUGGGCUCGACUUAGCAUGCCCGCGGACAACCAACUUCUACUUGCCACCUCUUAUGAUCAAAUUAGACAAGAGCUUUGUCUAUCCUCCGAUUUGCAAGGCACUUUUUCCAGAUGUCCGGCUUCAAAAGCUGGUCCCAGAAUCAGGUCACAACUCAGAUAUGAUCGCUCCUUCUUUAUUACAAAAUACAAGUUGUCGGGACUGCGAGGCUUCAACGCUGGAUUUCAAUUCCAGAUCAGAAGAAAUAUGAAGAACGUGGCAAUCCACGCCGGUGUGCCUCCAGGAGCUCCCUUUCCAGCUGGUGGCGACUGCAGGAAAGUGUGGAUUCUUGGAACAAUUGUGACGGUACUUCUAUCAUUUUCCAAGGGAAAAUGGGGACCGUUGCUGAAACUGAAAGAGAAAGUUGAAACAACGUUAGAGGAAAUGGAAAAAAUUUCAGACGUUGUGGAAGAAGUGGCAGAGAAGGUGGAGGAGGUGGCGGAAGCGGCUGCCGAGCAUCUUCCCGAGGGCAAACUUCAAGACGUUGCUGAGUUGAUUGAAAACUUGGCUGAACAAAUAGAUAAAGACGCCCAUCUAGCAGGAGACGUCUUAGACAAGGUCGAGGAAAUGGUAAAGGAGGUGGACUCGUUCGUCGAUGCAGACGCUCAAGAGAAGACCGUCGUGAGUGAAGAGGCCGAAGAUCAGAAGUAAAGAAGUGGCCAAUAUCAUCCCCAUUCAUUCAUAUUUGUUGUGUAAAAUAUUGCAGGAAACGUGUCUGGGACUAAAUAUUUUUUAUGGAAGUGAAUUCAUAUUCACAUUUUGAUUUUUGUGAAGCCUUGUAGCUGAAUAUAAUUCCAGGAAACAUCUUCUUUUA